AUGAAAGGGAUCUGGACUGAACUUGGUUGUUUCUCAUAUAGUCUAAAUUUAUUACCUUCAGAUAUAUUACUCCAUACUGAAGAGGAAGUUAGUACACGAGCUUAUUUAGCUAAGAGCAAAAUGAAUACCAAGAAAAAAUCGAGUGCACUGGAAAGUAAAAUCCAAAGAUAUAGUCCUAACACUUUGCUAACAUCGCUUGAAAUUAUUAAGAGACACUUUGAUGCUAAUAAAGAAUAUAAAACAGUGGGAGAACAAAGGCUAUCUGGAGAUACUAUACUACCAGUAAGGUCAGAAGAACCUAUUACUAGAAAUGAACUAAAGGAGAGGUUAGCUAAAAAAAUUGCAGAACUUCGUCAAAAUAAGAUUUUAAGAAAUAAGAAUAGACAAGAUAAGAGGGAAAAAAAACAAAAACUCAUAGGAAUUAAACAAAAGGAAAUUGAUAACCAAAACAGUGAUAUUGAGGAUCACCAAUGUUUUGGAAAUAUCAUUACCCCAUCUAAUACUUCAGAUUUACAGAAUAAAAAGUUAUUUGAUAGAUAUAAAGGUUCUAAAAUAAAACGUAUUGAAGAAUCUAUAAAGAAGAUUAAAGAAGAAGAAAUAUGGUUAGAUACCUUACCUGACCAUAUCCGUAACGUUGAAAAGACCAAAAUAGCAAUGGAGAAAGCUCUUCAACGUGCUAAUAGAGUUAAGGUGAAGGAUAAUUUAAGUAAACUUAUGAAAUCAAAGAAGCAAAUACUAGCGAAGAAAGAGAAAUCGAGGAAAAGAUGGGAGAAUAUUAAGAAAGCCAAUGAAGAGAAAGCAAAAAUCUCUCAACUGAAAAGACAAGAAAAUAUUAAUUUGUAUAGGAAAAAGUGA